AUGGGCGGUGCAGUGGUGGACGACGGCCCCUCGGGAGUCCCGGCUCCUGAUGGGGGCUGGGGCUGGGCCGUGCUCUUCGGCUGCUUUGUCAUCACGGGCUUCUCCUAUGCCUUCCCCAAGGCGGUCAGCGUCUUCUUCAAGGAACUCAUGCGGGAGUUUGGCAUCGGCUACAGCGACACGGCCUGGGUCUCCUCUAUCGUUCUGGCCAUGCUUUAUGGCACCGGACCCCUGUGCAGCGUAUGCGUGAACCGCUUCGGAUGCCGGCCUGUCAUGCUGGUGGGUGGCCUCUUUGCGUCCCUGGGCAUGGUGGCCGCGUCCUUCUGUGGAAGCAUCAUUGAGAUCUACAUCACCACGGGGGUCAUUACUGGCCUGGGCCUGGCACUCAACUUCCAGCCCUCCCUCAUCAUGCUGAACCGCUACUUCAACAAGCGCCGUCCGCUGGCCAACGGGCUGGCCGCUGCAGGCAGCCCCGUGUUCCUGUGCGCCCUGUCCCCACUGGGCCAGCUGCUGCAGGACCACUACGGGUGGCGCGGCGGCUUCCUCAUCCUGGGGGGCCUGCUGUUGAACUGCUGUGUGUGCGCGGCGCUCAUGCGGCCCCUGGAGCCACCUCGGGUGCCAGGCACCGAGCCUGAGCCCCGCCGGCCGGCACGGCGCCUGCUGGACCUCAGCGUCUUCCGGGACCGCGGCUUCGUCAUCUAUGCACUGGCUGCCUCCAUCAUGGUGCUGGGGCUCUUCGUGCCGCCUGUGUUCGUGGUGAGCUACGCCAAGGACCUGGGCACGCCUGACACGCAGGCCGCCUUCCUGCUCACGGUGCUCGGCUUCAUCGACAUAUUCGCCAGGCCCACGGCCGGGCUCAUCACUGGGCUGCGCCGUGUGCGGCCCUACUCCGUCUACCUCUUCAGCUUCGCCAUGUUCUUCAAUGGCGUCGCUGACCUGGGGGGCUCCACGGCCACCGACUACGGCGGCCUGGUGGUCUUCUGCAUCUUCUUCGGCAUCUCCUACGGCAUGGUGGGUGCCCUGCAGUUUGAGGUGCUCAUGGCCAUCGUGGGCACCCAGAAGUUCUCCAGUGCCAUCGGGCUAGUGCUGCUGCUAGAGGCCGUGGCCGUGCUGAUCGGGCCACCCUCUGGGGGCAAGCUCCUGGACGCCACACACGUUUACCAGUACGUGUUCAUCCUGGCGGGGGCCGAGGUGGUGUGCUCGUCCCUGGUGCUGCUACUCGGCAACUUCUUCUGCAGGGGCCAGAGGCCUGCAGAGCCGGCCACAGAGGACCCCAACCAGCCCCCUGCAGACGGGCAUGUGGACGCCCGGGAAGUGGAGGUCUUCCUCAAGGGAGAGCCCGAGAAAAACGGGGAGGCUAUCCACAACCCUGAAACAAGUGUGUGA